GCCAAGCAUCACCUGUGACAACUGUUAAACAUAACUUGUGACCAAAAUAAAUAAAUAAAAAAAAAAAAAAUGAAAAAGGAAAAAAAUUGAUAAUCGUAGCAGAUUGAAAUGUACUUGGCAAUAGCAAUAAAUCAAAAAUCAGAAAUCAUCAUACCAACUCUUUUUUGGAAGUAGACAGAAAUCAGAAAAAAAAAACAAACACAGAGUUUGGGGAUCUCUGAACGUACUCUUCAAUGAAGCCGGGAGAGGAAACUGACGGCGGCGUUACAACCAUCGGAGUACCUCUCUUGGCCGCCGGCAAUGGGGCGGCGGAGUCUGCUCAUCACGCGCCUAUUUCUGGCGGCGGCUCAACGUCUUUCUUCAAAACCUGCUUCAACGGCCUCAAUGCUUUAUCAGGUGUAGGAAUAUUAUCUAUACCAUAUGCACUAUCAUCAGGUGGAUGGUUAAGCUUAAUACUGUUCUUCCUUAUCGCGGGCUGCACUUUCUACACGGGCUUAUUAAUCCAAAGAUGCAUGGACAUGGAUCCGAAUAUACGAACUUAUCCAGAUAUCGGUUAUCGGGCAUUCGGCCCCACAGGAAAAGCCCUUGUCUCCAUGGCAAUGAAUGUCGAACUGUUUUUGGUAGCCACCGGUUUCUUGAUUCUCGAAGGAGACAACUUGCAUAAUUUAUUUCCGAACAUUGAAUACGAAAUCGGUGGGAUUUUAAUUAGUGGAAAACAAAGCUUUAUUGUCAUAGUUGGUUUGGUAAUGCUGCCGAGUGUCUUGUUGGAUAAUAUGACCGUUCUUUCUUACAUCUCGGCUACUGGAGUUGUGGCUUCUUUCGUACUCAUUGGCUCGUUUUUGUGGGCCGGUGCGUUCGAUGGGAUUGGAUUUCGUGAGAAGGGCAGGGUUUUGAACUGUAGAGGAAUUCCCACCGCUAUUAGUCUCUACGCCUUUUGUUACUGUGCGCAUCCGGUUUUCCCCACACUGUACACUUCGAUGAGGAACCAAAAGAAGUUCUCCAGGGUAUUGCUCGUUUGCUUUCUCGUCUGCACGAUGGGAUAUGCGUCCAUGGCGGUUUUAGGGUAUCUCAUGUUCGGUUCUCAAGUGGAGUCUCAAAUAACUUUAAAUCUCCCUACUAAUAAAAUUAGCUCGAAAGUUGCUAUCUACACUACCCUUGUGAAUCCGUUAGCUAAGUAUGCAUUGAUGGUGACUCCAAUUGUGAGUGCUCUUGAGAAACGUUUCAUAUCGAGCCCGAAAAGAGGGCUAAGCACUUUGAUAAGGACUGGAUUGGUAUUAAGCUCAAUUAUUGUGGCACUUGCGGUACCCUUCUUCGAAUAUCUAAUGUCACUUGUCGGUGCUUUUCUGAGCGUGACAGCUUCGAUCAUUCUUCCGUGUUUGUGCUUCUUGAAGAUUUCGGGAACUUACCGAAGAUUUGGGCUUGAAUCGGUUGCGUUAUGGGGAAUUGUGUUGACUGGUGUUGUUGUUCUUGUUAUAGGUACUUGCACAGCUUUGCAGGAGAUUUAUGAGCAUUUGGUUGGAUAGUGUAAUUAGUAAUUAUAUUUGUACUAAUAUUUAUUUAAUGCCUUUUUUUAAAAAAAUCUUUUUUACGAUGUAAU